UGGCUGCCUGUUUCCUUCAAUGUCAGUUUGCUGCUAAUGGGUGUAAGCAAAUUAGAUGUCUUGUACAGAAAGCUUCUCCUCACUAAACUUUUCAUCAGAGGAUGGGGAAAGCCAGAGGAUCUGAAAAGAAUAUUCGAAUUCAGAAAGAUUAUUGGAAACAGGGAAAAAUGCCAAACGCUGGUUUCAAAAGAUUACCCAGUGUUCAUUGACAAGGUUGAGGAGCAAUCUGACUGUAAAAUCCUUGAGGGGCACUUUAUUUCCCCAUUGGCUCAUUAUGUCCCAGGUAUCCUGCCAGUUGAAUCUCUUAUAGCAAGAUUUCAGUUCAUCAUACCCAGAAGAUGGAACAGCAAGCACAGACCUGUGUGCAUUCAUUUAGCAGGCACUGGAGAUCAUCACUUCUGGAGGAGACGCACAUUAAUGGCACGCCCAAUGAUUAAAGAAGCCUGUAUGGCUUCCCUAUUGCUAGAAAACCCUUAUUAUGGCUGUAGAAAACCUAAGGAUCAAUUACGAUCAUGUUUAAAAAAUGUCUCGGACCUGUUCGUGAUGGGAGGAGCUCUUGUUCUAGAGUCGGCAGCUCUUUUGCACUGGCUAGAGAGAGAAGGCUAUGGACCACUAGGGAUGACUGGAAUAUCCAUGGGAGGACAUAUGGCUUCACUGGCAGUGACAAACUGGCCUAAACCAUUGCCAUUGAUUCCCUGUCUUUCCUGGUCAACAGCUUCUGCAGUCUUUACUACGGGUGUGCUAAGCAAGGCGGUGAACUGGAGAGAGCUAGAGAAACAGUAUUUUACACAAACUGUUUAUGAAGAAGAAAUCAUUCAAAUGCUUGAAUACUGUGGAACAGAUUCCUUCAAGAUGGGACAAGACUUCGUUAAAAACUUCCCUGACAGUGUAGACAGUCUGAACGAUGUGGACAUGACUUCAAGAAUGUUCAACCUUGAUUCCUCAAGCAAAACUCUAUCUAAAGAAGCUGUUCACAGCUUUACCACAAGUACUCUAAGUGCCUCAUCAGAAAGACUCUUAGCACAAGAUGCUCCUAAAAUGCAGUGCAUAAAUCAAACAUUUUCAACCAGUAGCAAUAGCAAUAAAAACUUAACCAGCUCACAAGAACACAGGAUAAAUAAAAGGAGAAAGAGUGACACUUUACAGAGAGAAUCCUUAAGGUUCAUGAAAGGAGUAAUGGAUGAAUGUACCCAUGUAGCUAACUUCUCAGUUCCAGUUGACCCAAGUUUAAUCAUAGUUGUACAAGCAAAGGAGGACGCAUAUAUUCCUCGAACUGGGGUGCGCAGUCUUCAAGAAAUCUGGCCUGGAUGUGAAAUUAGGUAUCUGGAUGGAGGUCAUGUGAGUGCCUACCUCUUCAAGCAAGGACUCUUCAGACAAGCAAUUUACGAUGCAUUUGACCGCUUUCUUCAGAAAUACGCAGUUUAAAAAUCUUCAUAAUGUAUUCAAACUGUUCUCAUCUUCCACUCACUGGAACUCGUAUUUGGAAAAGAAGCCUCUUGCAACAUUGAGUAGAUGAUCACUGAUUUUGACCGGUUUAGGUAACAAUUAUCAAAAAUGCUGUGAGAAAAGGAGAUAACUGAUAGCAAGGGAAAGGCAUGGAUAGGUGGAAAAGAUAGAUUUUGUAAGGAGAGGAGUAAGCACAAAACCCAUCAACUUCGCUACAAAAGUAUAACAUGCAAAGUAAAUAUUUUCAAAGCGCACAAUACUAGGAAUUACACAACUGAUGGGAACUUGACAUCCUGAGGUUAGUGUUGUGAUGAUAUUACUAACAAGGUUUAAAUUGCCAAAAGGGUGUGCAAUUCACAGAACCAGAUUUAUGCUAAGGCAACUCCUGCUUGUGGGAGUGUCUUUUGGGGUAAGUAGUGAAAAACUAGUCUCUGAGAAGAAUGAGAAAUCACACUUCGUUAUGUGACUGAAGCAAUGUUGCCAAAAGUGAAAGCCCACUAGGAAGCAUGUAAGAAAUUUCUCAGGUUAGAAUAACAAAAAGGGAAAAAUGAGCUCUAUGAUCUAUUCCUGCAGUUAUCAGACACGGGAGGCUUUUAGCUGCUCUGGGAAGGGGGGAAUAUUGCUGUGUAAAUGCUUUUAACCUUUGAAAAAUCGACUUUUUAAACCAGAUUUUAAGAUUAAAUCCUAAGAAAACAUAAUUGUUAAUCCA